GUCCACCUUGACUUGUCCAAUGCAUUAAAAUUGCAUCUUAAUUUUAUUGAACGAGUCUAAAUAGCUACUAAAUAAUAAUACUUGGGAAUGGUUUUGUAAACAAAAUUGCUAUAUAAAUAAAAAUUUCAGGCACCUGACAACCAGAUCAAAAGAAAUUACUUUUGACUUUUAUUGGUCUCCAAAUUCAAUUUUUCAAAAUCAGCUUUAUUGCCGAUGAAAAAGUCGAAAUGAGAUGAGGGUAUGGAAUUUUCAAAGAACAAUUUCAUCCCUUACAGUGCCCAGUUUUAACCAUUUACUUCAACUCUGCAACAACUCCAGAUCAUUGAACCCAGGAAAGCAAACCCAUCAACAAAUCAUAAUACAAGGGCUACACCACAAUCCAUUUGUUAUCACCAAAUUAAUUUUGUUUUACGCAGAUUGCAACGACAUAGAAACAUCCCGCAUAUUGUUCGACAGAUUGCCUCAACCAAAUGUUUUCGCGUGGACCUCACUAAUUUCAUUUUAUUCUCGCAAUGGGAUGUUUGAUGAAUGCAUUGGCGCUUACAUUGGGAUGAAGUCGAAGAAUGUUUUGCCCGACGGAUAUGUAUUUCCCAAGGUUCUAAGGGCGUGCACGAUGGCAACAUGUUUGGGAACGGGAGUCCAAAUACAGAAAGACGUGAUUCAGUGUGGGGCUGAAUCAAAUAUAGAAGUUUGUAACUGUUUGAUUGAUAUGUAUUCAAAAUCUGGGUAUGUUGAGAGUGCAAGGCAGGUUUUUGAUUCAAUGGCGGGAACAGAUUUGCUGUCAUGGAAUUCAAUGAUUUCAGGGUAUGUGUAUAAUGGGAUUCUUCAAAUGCCUGUGGAAAUGUUAGGAUUAAUGAGAUUGAAUAGCAUAGAGCCUGAUACAGUAACUUGGAACUCUGUGAUGGAUGCUUAUUGCCGUAUGGGCCAAUGUGAUGAGGCUUGGAAAAUUUUUAGUCAGAUUGAGGAGCCAAGUAUAAUCUCGUGGACGACAUUGAUAUCGGGAUAUUCAAGAACUGGAAAACACGAAAGUGCUUUGGGGAUUUUCAGGGAUAUGAUUUCACGGGGAGUUCAUGCUGAUUUAGAUUGUAUUUCCAGCAUCCUUCCUUCUUGUCAACAUAUGGUGGCACUAAGAUUUGGACAGGAAAUUCAUGCAUAUGGCACUAAAAUGGAUUACGGGUGUGCAUUUUACAAAUCUCCUGGACCUGCAUUGUUGAUGACAUAUGCUAAAUGUGGAAGAAUUCACGAUGCAGAGCGUGUAUUCAGGUUGAUGGAUAAACGUGAUGUUGUCGCUUGGAAUGCUAUGAUUCUUGGUUAUGGUGAUAGAGGGAUGGGAAAUUUGGCUGUAAGAUGUUUCCAAGAAAUGCAAAGAAUGGGAAUUAAGGGUGAUCAGACCACAUUUUCGACCAUUUUGCCUGCUUGUGGGCUCAAAUCUGGGAAGCAAAUUCAUGCCUACAUCAAGAAAGGCAGUUUUGCUUCUGCUACUCCAGUUUGGAAUGCUCUGAUUCACAUGUAUGCUCAAUGUGGUAGCAUUACAACUGCAUAUUCUGUAUUUUGUCAAAUGGAUAAUAAAGAUUUAGUCUCAUGGAAUACAAUGAUUGGAGGAUUCGGGAAACACGGCCUUGGCAGAGAAGCUCUGCAACUGCUGCAGGAGAUGAGAAAUUCCGGGAUUCGCCCCAAUUCCUUCACGUUCACAUCUGUGCUAUCAGCAUGUAGUUAUUCAGGUCUUACAGAUGAGGGUCUGGAAAUCUAUAACAAUAUGACUCAGAUUUUUGAACUCAACCCUGGAAUGGAACAUUAUGCUUGUCUCAUUGAUUUACUAGCACGUGCAGGUCGGGUAGAGGAUGCUUUAGAGUUCAUUAUGAGAAUGCCUGUUGCGGCUGAUAAGCGUGUUUGGGGUUCUGUACUUGCUGCCUCUCUAUCGUAUCAGAAAAUAAGUGUUGCGAUUGUAGCUUCGGAGCAUUUAGUCGAGUUGGAGCCUGAAAAUGCUGGCCACUAUGUUACUCUAUCCAAUAUGUAUUCUAGAGUAGGAAGAGUUGAUGAUGCAGUCAAAAUACGGAAGCUGAUGGAAAGUACAGAUCUGGCGAAGCAAAUUGGACUGAGUUGGGUUGUAAAUGGAAACUGAAACAUAAUCAUUUGAACUAAAUUAGGAGGUUUAUGGAAACACGUGUGAAACUGGGGUUUUCAUU